CUGGAGCGGCUACGCCGGGGACACGCGGAGCCGGGGCUUGCAGGACUUGACUACUGGUGACUCUUCUUCUUCUUCUUGGCGGCCGUGAAAAAAAUUUAUAUAUAUAUAUAGAUAUUAUUUUUUAACUGGAGAGAAAGUUUUGUGGGUUUCUGUUUUGCAAGACUCCUUCUAGAUCGUUCUUCUGUUUCGUCCCGAGGAUAGACUUACUUUCUGUGGGCUUUUGGAUCGCGCCCCUCUGCCCUCCCCCAUUUCGUGGGACUCCUGGAAAGGAAGGAAGCAGCAUCCGAAGCGCACGCUGACCGGCGGCACUGCGCGGCGGGACUCUGGGCGGGGAGCGAUCCCCGCGUCGCCCGCCGUGAAAUCGACGGAGCUUGGACUUUCAGGAGGUACAGCGGCGACCUGAAGGGGACCCGGGCGCUUGCAGAGGGGACUUGCAUCGAAACUUGGGCAAUUCUCCGAGCCGGACGCGGAGCUCCCCCAAGCAGCGCACUUUGGGGACGUGUCCGGUCCACUCCGGACUCGCAUCUCAUCCCACUCGGCCAUAGCCUUGGCUUCCCGGCGACCUCAGCGUGGUCACAGGGGCCCCCCUGUGCCCAGGGAAAUGUUUCAAGCUUUCCCCGGAGACUACGACUCCGGCUCCCGGUGUAGCUCGUCACCCUCUGCCGAGUCUCAGUACCUGUCUUCGGUGGACUCCUUUGGCAGUCCACCCACCGCCGCCGCCUCCCAGGAGUGCGCCGGUCUCGGGGAAAUGCCCGGCUCCUUCGUGCCAACGGUCACUGCAAUCACAACCAGCCAGGACCUCCAGUGGCUCGUGCAACCUACCCUCAUCUCUUCCAUGGCCCAGUCCCAGGGGCAGCCACUGGCCUCCCAGCCUCCAGCUGUUGACCCUUAUGACAUGCCAGGAACCAGCUACUCAACCCCAGGCCUGAGUGCCUACAGCGCUGGUGGACCAAGCGGAAGCGGUGGGCCUUCGACCGGUACAACCACCAGUGGCCCUGGGCCUGCCCGCCCAGCCAGAGCCAGGCCUAGAAGACCCCGAGAAGAGACGCUUACCCCGGAAGAAGAAGAGAAGCGACGGGUGCGCAGAGAACGGAACAAGCUGGCGGCAGCCAAGUGCAGAAACCGUCGGAGGGAGCUGACCGAUCGACUCCAGGCGGAAACGGAUCAGCUGGAAGAGGAAAAGGCCGAGCUGGAGUCGGAGAUCGCCGAGCUGCAAAAAGAGAAGGAACGCCUGGAGUUUGUCCUGGUGGCCCACAAACCGGGCUGCAAGAUCCCCUACGAAGAGGGGCCGGGGCCAGGACCGCUGGCCGAGGUGAGAGAUUUGCCAGGGUCAACAUCCGCUAAGGAAGACGGCUUCGGCUGGCUGCUGCCGCCCCCUCCACCACCGCCCCUGCCCUUCCAGACCAGCCGAGACGCACCCCCCAACCUGACGGCUUCUCUCUUUACACACAGUGAAGUUCAAGUCCUCGGCGACCCCUUCCCUGUUGUUAGCCCUUCGUACACUUCCUCGUUUGUCCUCACCUGCCCGGAGGUCUCCGCAUUCGCCGGCGCCCAACGCACCAGCGGCAGCGAGCAGCCGUCCGACCCCCUGAACUCGCCCUCCCUUCUAGCUCUGUGAACUCUUUAGACAAACAAAACAAACAAGCCCGCAAGGCACGAGGAGGAGGAAGAGGAGGAGGAGGAGGAGAGGGGAAGGAGCGCUCGCGGGGGUGUGUGUGUGGACCCCUUGACUCCUCUGUCUGACCGACGGCCAUCCGCCUCUGCCAUCGGACAGGACGGAAGGACCUCCUUUGUGUUUUGCGCUCCGUCUCUGGUUUCUGUGCCCCGGCGAGGCCGGCCGGAGAGCUGGUGACUUUGGGGACAGGGGGUGGGGCGGGGACGGACACCCCUCCUGCCAGACGUCUAAUGGUCCUGUCACUUCAACCCAAC